GAGACCAUUUCCUCUUCCAGGCCUUCAGAGAGAUCGCCGAGCAGAGAGUCCACGGAGCGUUUCGUUACAGCCCUGUCCCGGACUGGCUCAUUUCCCCGAGACCCGAACCCGGACGCCCCGCAGACCGAGGAGUCGUCCUCAUGGGAGCGCAUCCCUGAUCUGCAGCAACAUCUGGUCCAACCCCAAAGUGGUCUCGUUUACGCUCCCAUGGUACCUGCUGACCAGUGAGCCCGAGUGUGGACGCCCCCCCCACCCUGCGUCAUGUCUGGGGUCCAGGUGCCGUGGUCCACUGGCACAGAGUGUGUAGCUAAGUACAACUUCCAGGCCACCAACGAACAGGACCUCCCCUUCGCCAAGGGAGACGUGCUGACCAUCAUCGGAGUCACCAGGGAUCCGAACUGGUACCGAGCGAGGAACACGGGGGCCAGAGAGGGCACCAUCCCGGCCAACUAUGUCCAGAAGAGAGAAGGCGUGAAGUCAGGAGGAAAGCUCAGCCUCAUGCCGUGGUUCCAUGGUAAAAUCACGAGGGAGCAGGCUGAGCGGCUCUUGUACCCCCCGGAGACGGGCCUGUUCCUGGUGAGGGAGAGCACCAACUACCCGGGCGACUACACCCUCUGCGUCAGCUGCGACAGCAAGGUGGAGCACUACCGCAUCAUCUACCACAAGGGCAAGCUCAGCAUCGACGAGGAGGAGUUCUUUGGCAACCUCAUGCAGCUCGUGGAGCACUACACCAAAGACGCAGACGGCUUGUGUACCAAGCUGAUCAAGCCCAAGCUGAUGGAGGGAACGGUGGCGGCGCAGGACGAGUUCUCCAGGAGCGGCUGGUCUCUAAACAGGAAAGAGCUGAAACUCAUCCAGACCAUCGGCAAAGGAGAGUUCGGAGACGUCAUGGUUGGAGACUACAGGGGGACCAAGGUGGCGGUGAAGUGCAUCAAGAACGACGCCACGGCGCAGGCCUUCAUCGCUGAGGCCUCCGUCAUGACACAGCUGAGGCACAACAACCUGGUGCAGUUGCUCGGGGUGAUAGUGGAGGAGCGGGGCAGUCUCUACAUCGUCACGGAGUACAUGGCCAAGGGCAGUCUAGUGGACUACUUGCGGUCCAGAGGACGGACCGUCCUGGACGGGGACUGCCUUCUCAAGUUCUCCCUUGACGUGUGUGAGGCCAUGGAGUACCUUGAGGCCAACAACUUCGUCCACCGGGACCUGGCGGCGCGCAACGUGCUGGUGUCAGACGAGCACAUCGCCAAGGUCAGCGACUUCGGUCUGACCAAGGAGGCGUCGUCCACGCAGGACACGGCAAAGCUGCCCGUCAAGUGGACCUCCCCCGAGGCCCUCCGAGAGAAGCGCUUCUCCACCAAGUCGGACGUCUGGAGUUAUGGGAUCUUGCUGUGGGAGAUCUAUUCCUUUGGGCGCGUGCCUUAUCCCAGAAUUCCGCUGAAGGACGUGGUGCCCCGGGUGGAGAAGGGCUAUAAGAUGGACGCCCCUGAGGGCUGCUCGCCGGUGGUGUACGACCUGAUGAAGCAGUGCUGGACCCUGGACGCGGCCGUGCGGCCCAGCUUCCACAUGCUGGGGGAGAAGCUCAAGCACAUCCGGGCCAAGGAGCUGUACCUGUGAUGAGGAGGAGGAGGUGGAGGAGGAGCAGGAGGUGGAGGAGACCGGACGUAGCCCGGCACAGCACUACCUGUAACCACGCUGUUGCCCCGUGGGGACUGACUCCCUCCCCCCUCUCUCUCCCGGCAAACCCCUGCCUGUUAGCCGUCCCCCCUCUGCUUCCAUUAGCAAGGAAGAGACUGUUUUUCCUGUCGGUGUCGUAUAGCUUCAGCCAGGAGGGUGCCCCAAGCUCGGAGAGGGGGUCACCGUGCUCUCCUCCUCUCCCUCCCUCUCUCUCUCUCUCUCUCUCUCUCUCUCUCUCUCUCUCUCUCUCUCUCUGUCCCGCCCUCUCUCUCUAUGUCCCUCUCUUUCUGCAUCACUCUUCUUCACUCACUCCAGGUUGAUCUUCUUUUUGGAUCAAGGUGUUUUUUUAAGUUGUGCUGCGCUCCUCCCUCCUCUUGUGGACACGGCGUUGAUGAUGAAGAUGAGGAGGAGGAGGAGGAGGAGGGGAGGCUGGCCUUUUCUUCCUCCACCACAUGACCGGGGCCCCUAGCUCUGCCUCCAUCUCCCCCACAGCCCCACGUGCCAAGACAUGCCGCUGCAUGCUUACAAUGACCCCUACUACAGCCCCCCCCAUGCAGUCCCUCAGUCCAGACACCAUCAACACCCCCUGCGUUGUGUGUGUGUGUGUGUGUGUGUGUGUGUGUGUGUGUGUGUGUGUGUGUGUGUGUGUGUGUGUGUGUGUGUGUGUGUGUCCAGGUGUGUUUGUGCGUCCAGGUGUGUUUGUGCGUCCAGGUGUGUGUGUAUGUGCGUCCAGGUGUGUGUCCAGGUGGGGGCCUUCUCGCUGAGCCAAAGUGCCUCCAGUCCAGAGCAUCAGACUUCCCCCGCUCGCCCAUCAGACGAUUCGCUCGUUCCUUUUUUUAAGUUCAUUAUUUUUUAUGGAUCUUUUUUCAUUGUUUUGUUGUUCUUCUGUUGUGUCACGGCUGAUCAGGGACGUUUAUCGAUGAGCUCCCCCCACCCUCCCCCUCUCUAUCCCCUGCUCCUCCCCCGUUAAAGAGAGCAUCCACAGGGAGACGGGGGAGAGAUGGGGGAGGCGUCCCGCCGGCCGUCAUGUUGGAUCCCUGGGGGUGAGGGACGGGGGGGGAAAUACUGUUCACUAAUGCGGUCGAGUCGUUAAAUGUGGGCUUUUUAUAUUAACAUAUAUUUAAAGGAUUAAAAAAAAAAAACUACUCAAAGUGAACAAGGAUAAGAAAAAAAAC